CAUGAACAAUCAAGUUUUGUUUGUUUGUGUAAUUCAAAAUUUGGUGAAAGUGUGUGGUGCACAUGAAAACCAAAGGACUUGUAUAAGAACAAGUGACAAUAGAAAGUGUAGGGUUGUUUUUCACACACACAAAAAAAUGUGGAGUUCCCAUUGGAUGGAUUCAUGGUCACCAUGGCAGCCCCGUCGGAUCCUUUGGCGUCCUUACCCUCCGGAGUAAAACUUUUGCUUCGGAGUCUCCACAACUUAAUCCCAGAAAAACUCACCGAAACAAAUUAUCCGGCAUGGUCUCUCAAUGUCCAGACAGCUCUUUCAGCUAAUCUCCACCUUGGAUGGAUUGAUGGUCAUGAAGCAGCCCCGGCGCCAACUAUCUCCAAAAACGAUAAAACCGUCCCUAAUCCAGAGUAUACCUCUUGGACCAUCGUUGACACACAGAUCCGCGCCUGCCUCCUAGCGGUCAUCAGCCCCUCCGUUCACAAACAUGCUCGCAGCUUCACCACAUCUGCUGCCCUCUGGGAUGCUUUGGCCGCACAGUACAGCUCCGUGUCCACCGCUCAUGUUUAUCAGCUUCAGGACAAACUCCACACUCUUCGUAAAGGUACCAAAACUAUGACACAAUACCUUGAUGAUGUGGCAACUAUUCUCUCGGAUCUCGAUGCCUUGAAAGAAGAGAUCCCUGAACGUGAUGUGGUGAAUGCUGUUAUUCGUGGUCUUCCCACCGAAUACUCAUCCUUUAAG